AUGAAGCCGCAUUGGUAUGAUCCAAUCGUGAAGUUCUGGACCAGACAUAUCAGUCUCACCAUCGACGAGGCGCCGCACAGAGAUCAUCUGGCACUGGAGCGCACCUUUCUAGGUUAUCUCCGCACCUCCCUCCAAUUCGCCAUGACGGGCGUCAUCAUCGCCCAGCUCUUCACCCUCCAAAGAUCCAUCAAUCCCAGUCCAACUUUCGGAUUCCACAAACUUGGCACUCCACUGGCUGCGAUAUUCGUCGGCCUAGCCAUACUGGUCCUCCUCAUCGGCGCAUUCCGCGUCUGGAAACAGCAGAAUGCUAUGGUGAGGGGGAAGAUUUACUCCGGGGGUUGGGAGAUAUCGACUAUCAUGUUGCUCUCGCUCACUUUGACUCUUGCGUUGUUUGGACUAGUACUGGCAGUCGAUAUGCUUAAAGAGCUGUAA